GGCGGCCAGGCGCGUGCACGUCUCUCGACUUUUGACUCUUCCCUUUCAUUCGUACUUCCCGCCUUCCAUCUUGCCUCCUGCUCUUCGCUCCAGCGAAGAGAGAAGAGAGCCAAGCGAAGACGCACUGGGCGCAGUCGAGCGGAAUUUCUUCAACUGGUUUCCCGGCUUCUCGCUCCUUGCUGACCUUUCCACCUUUAAUCAUGGCAACCUUUCGCAUACCGAUCGAUUGCUCCCGCUCUUUCGCAUCAUUCUCCGCGAACCUUCCGACUGUCAGACGACGUGACACUUUGCUCUAUUCCAGAGCCAUUCACGCAGCGGAGCUGAAUACGUCGGUUUUCCUUGGUUCGCCUCCCGACUCGUCUUCGCUGUUAAACCGAUGACGCACAGUCGCGUGGCGCAGGGUCCGGAGGAGACACGCUCCGGCACUGCCAAACGUUCAUUGUAUUAAAUUCUAAGGAGGAAACGACAAUUCUCAUUGCCUCGGACCUGCUUCCUCCGAAAUCUACCCCGCGCUCGCCACCUCCUCCCCCUUCACUAAAACAUUCCUGUAUUACGUGGAACGAUAAUUGGCGUGUUUGCCAGAGGAAACAAUAGAAGCCGUAAUAAGAAGGAGAUCGCGAGCGUCGGCCGAUGCGAUUCAAAUAAAAAGGACGCAAGCGAAGAGACGGCGAGCGAAUCCAAGUUCUACCAAGAAUCACUAAUCCGUGGAUGCUGUGGCCCGUGUUGGGGGAUGAUGGGCUGAGCCCCACGUCGCCUUCAAGGGCGGCACCCCUCAAGGGGGUCAACAAACUGGGUCCCUUACUUUUGUGUGCCCCUUGCAAGCCGAGCCACAGGAAAAACCAGAAUUCCACCCAGUGGUACGUGCAGCAGCCCACGUGGCGCUUAUGGGGCGAGGAACGCGGCGAUGGCGUCAUAUACACGGUGUACCUUAAGAAAGUGCGCUAUCACAGACCCACCAGGAGUCUCUCGGCUUCGGAUUCCGAUGACGAGAUCUCGCACUUGGAAUGGGAAACUGUCAGAGUCCGCUUCCUCAAGGCAGGAACCGUGCAGCGGCUGGUCGAGAGUCUUGCCAACGACGACGGUGAACUCGAGUCGACAUACAUCAACGUCUUCCUGGCGACGUACAGAGCCUUCACGACGCCUCGCGACGUCCUGGAGCUUCUGCUCGCCAGGUACGACGCCCUGGACGAGAAUUCCGUCGCCCUGACGGGAGAACAGCACAGGAAGACUCUGGUCCAGGCUCUUCACGUCUGGCUCGAUGCGUAUCCUGGUGAUUGGAAGUCUCCUCCCAAUCAUCCUCUUCUGGCCAGACUCCUGGACUUCACUCAUCGGCGAUUGCCGGGUUCCGAGUUGGAACUCAAAGCCAGACAUCGGCUGCACAGGUUUCAACGGGAGGAUCAGAUCGACUCCUGCUUGGUCUACGAUAAUGGCCGGAUGCAAGGUCCAGGAGAUUCGAUCGUGGAUCACUGGCCAGGGUACACCUUUCCCGAGGUGCCGCACAGACAUUUUGCCGAACAGCUGACGCGAAUGGAUGCUGAAGUUUUCAGGAAGUUGGUGGCUCAUCAGUGUCUCGGCGCCGUAUGGUCUCGCAGGGAUCGUUCGAGAAGCCACGACGCCGCCACUGUGCUGGCCACGGUGAAUCAAUUCAACGCCGUUUCCCUGAGAGUGAUAUCCACUGUGCUCAUGGAAACGAACCUAAAGCCCCAGGAACGCGCACGCAUCCUCGAGACGUGGAUAGACAUCGCCCAGGAAUUGCGAAUAUUGAAAAACUUCAGCAGCCUGAAGGCCAUUGUCUCAGGACUUCAGAGCAAUCCUGUCUACAGGCUCGAGAAGUGCUGGCAGUGUAUGCCUCGGGAGAAGCACGAGCUCUUCAGGGAGCUUGAGAGGAUCUUCUCCGAGGAAAACAAUGCUUGGACUCAGCGUGAAUUGCUCAUCAAGGAGGGCACCGCCAAAUUCGCGGAUACGGCUGGCAGAAGCGAUAGGCAUCUGCAGAAAAUAUUUCAAAAACAGAAUACUCACUCCGGGAAUAUCAGUUAUGGAACCAUACCGUACCUGGGUACCUUCCUGACGGAUCUGACGAUGAUCGACACAGCGAUUCCCGAUACGAUAGCGGAGGGUCUGAUAAACUUUGACAAGAGAAGAAAGGAAUUCGAAGUCCUCGCCAGGAUACGACUCCUCCAAGGAGCUGCGAAUGCCUACAACUUUAGCACUGAUCCACUUUUUGAUCGAUGGUUUCACUCGGUCAUUGUCUUGGAUGAUAGAGAGGCGUACAAGCUCAGCUGUCAGAUAGAGCCACCUCCACCCGGGAAUACGCUCAACAACCGAGGAAAGAAAAAACAGAGUAAUCAUCAGGGUCAUCGCAAAAAUGACUCGAUAGCCUCGACCUCGAGUUCCAGCAGUUCGCAGUUCUACUGCGACCUCGACUCUUUACCCAGUUCGCCUCACAAUUCUUUGGACAGACGAACCUCGCCGUCGCAGAUGUCCAGCUCGUCUUCCAGUUCCUCCCUGCCUUCCCUGGAUGUUUCUCUGAGUUCCGGUGGAGCCGGAAGUUCCGGUCAGCACUCCCGACUUCAGCUCCCACCGUCUGGCCUGGCCAAUGGCAGCACCCCGAACCUCACGGGGCCUAUGAGUCCCACGCAUUCGCACAAGAGCUCACCGGACUUCUAUAUAAUUAAAGUCACCAUGGAGAGCGACAGCGUCGAGACGGAGGGCGUCGUGCUCUACAAGUCCAUUAUGCUCUCGAACAACGAGCGAACGCCGCAAGUGAUACGAAAUGCCAUGUUAAAAUUGAACAUUGAGGGCAGUCCUGAUCAGUACACUUUGGCGCAGGUUUUACCGGACCGCGAGAUGGUCCUGCCCAGUUCUGCCAACGUCUACUACGCCGUGAAUACAGCGCAUAAUUUGAACUUUAUCCUGAGACCACGCAGAGAUGUGAACGAAGGGAACGUUGAUAGUCCAAAAAAUAAAACGACCAAUCACAAACAGUAGUGGUGGCUGUAGACUAGCAAUUGUGGAGCGAGUAGUGUCUUUUUAUUUUUUUUUUGCAAGAAAGUAGAAUGUGGUCGUCCAAAGACAUUUUUAAAUAUGGACACCCGUUUGAUCACCACCAAAACUCAAUUAACUAUCGUAGAUAAUCGUGAUAUUUCUCCGUAUUACCAUGACAACUCAGUGCAACAAAGUAUUUCGAAGUAAAGCAUAAUUCAUGAUGCAGAUCAAGAUGAUCGACUGAUUCCGUAAGAAUCUCAAACGGUGACAAAAUGUCAAACGGUGACAGAAGCUCAAGCACGCGCAUAUAUCAAAUCUUUACCUGCUGCCUGUUCUUCAGACGUGAUGAAUUAAUUAAUCGUAUUAGGUAGGACGAAGUCUAAUCGUUUUAUAAAAAUGAAAAUGUAUGUCAUUAGAAGGACCAAUGAACGAAUACUUGUAUUACUGUGAGAAAGAGGGAAAAUGGAAAAAAGGAAAAAUCCUUUACACGUAUCACUGUGCAUUUGCGAAUGCUCAUGGAAACGGGAUUUCCGGCACCUGCGAAGAUUCUCGAGAACUCGAGAGUUAAUGUCUAUGUAAUUUUUCUCUUUCUUUUUCUGUAAAUAACUAGUGUAAAUUCUACUCUGAGAAUUUUAUUUUUUCUCGGUUUUCUUCGCAAGGAAAUCUUUUCGAGUACGCCAUUGAACAAACUUUCAAUUCGGACAAUAAAAUCUCACGCAGAAUUUUAUGCAAUUCUGUAUAGCUUUGUGAUAUUGAAAUUUCUUUGGCCUCCAGAGGUAUGGUCAAAGGCACGUCAAGAGUGUGUAAAGAAGAGCUUCAGGGGUGUAGCACUGGGAAUCAAUACUCAGAGUCGAAUAUAGCCUGAAAUUAUGAAGUAGACGGGCAGUACGAUAAAUUAUUGGAUUGGCUUUAUCGAUCGACCAAUCUCGUAAGCGAAUACGUUGAAUGACAUAUUUAGGGAUCUUCGAUCCCUGAACAAAUAACUCCGGUAUAAGAAGUAUUCGAUCUUUUUAACUUAUAGUCUUAGGCAAUUUUGUACUUAUCGACGUUGAAUUUCUACUUUGUCUAUUGUCUCUCACUCCGUGUGUACAGAGCGUUCUCAACAAGACGAGUACCAAGAGUAUCAUUAAUAAGAGUCGAAAAAAGAUUUAAAAAAAAAAAA